AUGAAUCAUGGAGAAACCCACUCUGGAGAGUUGAACGAGGCCAAUGGCUCUGCCCCAGUUCCUGAAGGAAGCGGACCCCUGGAACUAGUGAGGAAUGGACCUUUACCCAAGACACAAUGGAAACAGUCUUCUCGAAUCUUUGAAGAGAAUCUGGCUCAGGGGAUAUCCAAUGAGGAUGUAUGGAUGCUUCUGCGCCGAUUUAACAAGCAAAUAUACCAUGUACGAGCCGUGAAGGAUGAAAAGGGCCAGAGCUUAGAUCUCAAUCGUGUGGACAAUGAAAGGUUUCCCCCGGAGAAACUGCGCAUCACAGUCGAGCGAUUUUACACGUCCGUGAUCGUUGGUGUGAUUGAGUUCUUUAGACAUGUUACUCGACUGCGAUCUUGGAAAGAGACUGGGCGAACGUCCAUAUUUUGCUCGGUCUACUUUGUGUCCUGGGCUUCAGACCUCCUCCUACCAACGAUUCUGAGUACCAUUGCCGCUCUCAUACUAUUUCCUCCACUUCGCUUGAUCAUGUUCCCUAUUGGUGCACCGCCAACAGUUUCAGAUGGCUCAUCCGAAAAUAAUACUACAAAGAACCAGCCUGAAUCCCUGGACAGUCUUACGGGCGUGCCGGAAAACCAUAAGGGUGAAGCUGCGGAACAGGAAGCGAAGAAUCUGAUCGAUAGUAUCGCGGUUGUUGCAAUGGAAAGUGCUGCUGCUAAGUAUGGCCAGACAACGGUUGAGGGAGCCUCGGAUCAGCAUCUCAUCGGUAAUGGAUCAGAGAUCCUGGAGGAGACUCCAGACACACCACCAGGCGAUGUACCCGAAGAUAAGACCAAGAAACCCAUAAAAGCAAAGAUCUCGCAUGGUACAGACAAGACGAUGCGUGUAUUGAGUGAUAUUACCGACGUUUAUGAAAGAUUUGCAAACUCGCUCUCCCCCACGCCGCCAUUUUUCCUUAUCACAUCUCGACUACAGUUAGCGGGUAUAUUGACCAUAGUAUCUGCUAUCUUCCCAUUUGUAUCCAGCUAUUGGAUAAUUAAGGGCAUAGGAUUCGCUAUUGGUGGGGGCUUCUUCGGUGACCCAGUUAUCAAGUAUGCACUUGACGUCUUGGAUCAGAAAAUCCCGAAUUGGAAGUCAAAUUUGGAUUUACAAAAGACCUUGUUGGCCGGUGUCCCUACCAAUGCACAGCUUACUCUGACUCUGCUUCGAAUCGGCGAGAUCAAUUCCGAGCCGCUGCCUCCUCCUCCAGUACCGGGUCACAACGAUCGCGCAUGGCCUAUACAAAGAAAGAAGUCUCAAGGGCCAUCUAUGGAGUUGUCCAAACAGAAAUCUGAAAAUAACUUAAUUCGAUCCAACUCAGAAGGCUCUUUAGAGCCAAAGCCAAAGCGAAGGACGAUGCUAAAAAUACUGAAAUUCAUUCGCCGAACCAUUGCAACGGCAAUCAAGGGUCACAUCGCGUUCGAUCGAGCAAUAGCUAUUGCUGGUGCAGCUCAUACCAAGAAUCUAAUCGGGAUGCUCCAGAGAGGACACUUUUCCGCGACUCCCUUUGGACCUCUAAAGUUCGAUGCAAAAUUCGAGCGUAAAAGAGGAGCCGCAGUGAUCGACACCUCGAAACAACCACCUGUACUAUACUUCACCACAUACCAGUCAGCAGGGCUAGACGAUUUGCGAAUUGAGAGUCGGAAACAAAGCUCAAUCCUGUUUCAGAUUCCAGUCACUGAGAUCAAGGAGCUGAAGAAAACUGAAGGGCUUGGUUGGAAGCGGAAAUUGAUUGUCGAAUUGACGGCUGGAAGUAAAGAGGCUGCCGAUGGUCUUGUUGUCAUCGGAGAUGAUCUUGGACAGUCUUAUCAUCUCACAGGGAUGAGAUCUCGAAAUCAACUCUUCAAUCGGCUGGUCGCCAUUGAUGCACAGUUUUGGGAAAGUCGUUAA